GGCCCCGGAAGUGCUGCUCACGGCGUCGGCCCUUGCGUCCCGGCGGGAGCCGGCAGAGUCGGUGGAUGUAGGGCCUGUGCGCUCGACAUGGCUUCGGCGGGAGGCGGCGGCUGUGAGAGCGCGCCGCCCGAGGCCGAUCGUCCCCAGCCGCGGCCGUUCCUCAUUGGCGUGAGCGGCGGCACUGCUAGCGGCAAGUCAACAGUAUGUGAGAAGAUCAUGGAGCUGCUGGGACAGAACGAAGUGGACCGCCGGCAGCGCAAGUUGGUCAUCCUGAGCCAGGACUGCUUCUAUAAGGUUCUGACGGCCGAGCAGAAGGCCAAGGCCUUGAAGGGACAGUACAAUUUUGACCACCCAGAUGCUUUUGAUAAUGACCUGAUGCACAGGACUCUGAAAAACAUUGUUGAAGGCAAAACUGUCCAGGUUCCCACCUAUGAUUUCGUGACCCACUCAAGGUUGCCGGAGACCACGGUGGUCUACCCAGCUGAUGUGGUUCUAUUCGAGGGCAUCUUGGUGUUCUACACUCAGGAGAUCCGGGACAUGUUCCACCUGCGCCUCUUUGUGGACACAGACUCUGACGUUAGGCUGUCUCGAAGAGUUCUCCGGGACGUGCAACGAGGAAGAGACGUGGAGCAGAUUCUGACGCAGUACACCACCUUUGUGAAGCCAGCCUUCGAGGAGUUCUGCCUGCCGACCAAGAAGUAUGCUGAUGUGAUCAUCCCUCGAGGGGUUGACAAUAUGGUUGCCAUCAACCUGAUUGUGCAGCACAUCCAGGACAUUCUCAACGGCGACCUGUGCAAGCGGCACCGGGGAGGGCCCAAUGGGCGCAACUACAAGAGGACGUUCCCUGAGCCAGGAGAUCACCCUGGGGUGCUGGCCACUGGCAAGCGCUCACACCUGGAGUCUAGCAGCAGACCCCACUGAGGACCACCAUACGCAGCUUCCCCACAGACCCCUGAAUAAGGGUCUGGGCGCAGGGACAGCCACUGUCUCCUAAAAGCACAGUCAGGGAUUACUAUCAGCGUGAUCUAGGGUGGCAACAGGACCAAGGCCUUCCUUGCUUGGGAGGGCAGACUCAUGCUGACAGAGCAUUCCGGUGUCCUCCUCUUCCUCUGAGUGGAGGAGGCCAGUAGGUCUCUGGAUCACUCAGAAGUGCCCAAACUGCACAGUAAGCCCACGGUGCCAGCUUCCAGAGGGAGGCAGGCAACACAUGGGGCCAACUGAGGAGACAGCCAGGCGCUGGCUGGCCUGUGUUGGUAGUGAGCCACAGUGAAGAGCUUCCCAGUGUGAUGUGGUUCGUGUACACGUUGCAGAAGUAAAGUUCGAAGAUUUGUUAGAUAUCCUUAUUUGUUUUGUGGUGGGCUGUUGGUGACCCAUGAACCGAGUUUUACAACUUGCCACUGGGCUACAGUCUACUCUGAAGAGCCUGAGGCAGGAACGGUAAGGUCUACUCCCAUGACUCAAGCAGCCAUCACGCUUGAUGUGGGGACUUCUGGGUACCCUGGGGCCUGGAUGGAGGGAUAGAUGCGGGCAGGCUAUCAGGUCUCUUGUGGCUAAAACCAUCUCCACAAUUCUGCGGGAAGCCUAGCUCAAGGGCCUGUGUACAAGCCACUUGGGUCCAGUUCAAGGCUAGCAUGUCAGGACAGACUGUCUCCAGCCAGGGGAGAACUGGAGUGCCGUCAGGUGAGCGUGGCUGCCUAAAAACUGGCUGCCAGCCAGUGUCAUGCACGCCGAACCCAAAGCUCGUGGCUUUACAAAUGGUCCCUUCUGUGUUGUCAAAUUUGUCUCCCCCCCUCCAGGAGGGCCCCUUUUGGAAAAGUGUCCUUUGCUAUUGCCAUGGCCACUUCUCAUUUCUUGUUAAAUACAACUGUGGUUCCCACUCAUGACAGCAGCUGAGCUGUAUUGAGCUCAGGGGCUGGUUUCUGUUAGUGCUGUAUUGGUUUUGUUGAACUGAAAUCCCUUUGGAGAAAGAAUCAAUAAAUAAUACUUAAAAAUUA